AUGUCCAUCCUAAACCUGAUCGCCAGUCUCAGCGCCUCAAGCUACCCGGCGAUGUAUACCGUCCAUUACCGCGGCCUGUGCAAUCCAAGCAAUAUGGACAAGACUGUAGCUAGCGGCGGUGGUGGAGGUCCCAGCGGCGAUAUCACCGCGACAGUGGCGUCGGUGGAUGAGGUACUGGACCUGGAUGGAUUGACGAUUGACGCUGCCAUUAGAAGAGAAGAAGAAAACGAUGAAGGAGAAAGAGAUAUAUCCCCACGGAUGGUGGGGCAAGGAGCAGCGAGCAGCAGUCGAGAACAUGGUGGCAGGCGCGGUCGGAUGCGUCUACGGCGACCUGUCCAGGGGAUUGAAAUCAAGAGCGCUCGCAACAACCAAAUCAAUACAGAACCAAUCACCAAAUCUCAAGAGACUUGUUGCGGUUCUAAAAUUCGUCAACACCGCCGCGCCCUACGUCGUCAUAGGCGUGUUGACAAGGUGGAAAAAAGGGGGAGAGCACAAUUAUGCAGCGGGUGCUGA